UUUUUUUGCUCUUUUUUUGCGGGGUGUUGGGAGGAGGGCCAGGGAAGCUGUUUCCAUUUGGUAUGGCUCACCGUCACAGCAGCACCCUGGGUAUUUAUUAUCCCGCCAAGUGCCCCCCAGGCCACCGCUUUUUUCAAGAAUGAUGAAGUUCUUGCACUUGUUCUUCGUGAUCAGGUCGAUGGCGGUGCAUAGACCUGAUAUACCAGCACCUAUGAUAACCACGAAUGCCUGGGUGUGGUCCUUGUUCCCAAUAGGCACCUGUGGCCACGGUUUGUCCCCCGCCAUGCUGAUCCUUCUAAUCGUAGAAACGAGGUAAACACGAAGGGAAAGAAAAAUAGAAGGGGAUGUUUUGGCAACGGGAGAUGAUGGGCAGGCAGCACAGAGGGGGUGGAGGGGAAGCCGUCAAAGAACACAAAGACGGCUGAACGACGUCAAGACGAGAGUUCAAAAACGAAAAGGCAAUUGUCUUUGCAGAAAAAGCUUUCGAAAACGCUACGCUGUCAAGAUCCCUCCGGGGGAUCACUUGGGUUUUUGUUUCCAAGGCGGCUGGCGCCAUUUUCGCACCAAAGAGCGGAGACACGGAGCAGGAUGCGAAGAGCAUGACAUGGACGUGUCGAGGUGCGUAUGCUAGAAUAACCGGCAGAGUCGUCCACAGCGAUGCGGGGAUAAACUGGGUCCCUUUACCCCUUGCUCUCGAAUGGGAAAUUUUCGACGCGGUGGCGCUGGGGUUGGCUGCGGCGGGAGUGAGGGUACGUUUAGUCUGCUGUUUCCAUGGAGCCGAUCAACCUUUUAGCUUCCCGCCGUGCGAUGCUUCUCGAUCCAAAAGGCUUCUAGGCCCGGCGCUGGUUGCCCUUCUACGCACGGCUUGGUGGCCUGACAGACCAUUCGCGCUGCAGCCCGCUCUUCCGAUGCCGUACUUGGUCCAGUUCAUUGGUACGUCUUGAGACACAGGCCUUUUCCUCCUCAAAAUUCAAGGAGCGAUGGGGACUGUGGUUCAGUGAAAUGCCGCUGACAGAGCUUGGUUCACGGUCAAUUGAAUUCAAAAUGCG